CACCAAAGCUUGUAUUCCGCCCCGCAUGCGGCACGGCUUUGGGAAAGCUGGUGCCUAGCACAGCCGCCUUUUCUAUACAAACAUUGGUGGUUGUAACUUUGCAUGUUUUGUGGGUGCUAGUAUAUUCCUUCACUACACUGCCCAUUCAGGAGUCUUUAGCCCAAUAUGUCUGCAAACCCUCCAUUCCCUAUCUUUAAUCCAGGUAUUCCAGUCGAAGGCCCGACAUUUCACCCCUUCUCACGAUUUCCAAAAGAACUCCGACUAUUGAUAUGGCGACACGCCAUCCGGCGUCAACGCAUCAUCAAAGUCGACCUAUCCACUCCCUGGCUCGCAGAUCCCACUACUUUCAAGGAACGUGUAGGGGAUGCGUUUCGUGGCAACUCCAAAGGACUUGCAGAGAUUGGAAGCAAGUACCUCGUUACACUUCACGGGCACCAUAUCCUAAGCAAAUAUUUUGGUGUCUGCCAAGAUUCUCGACGGGAAGCUUCUCUCUUUUACCGCGUACGCAUCCCUUGCCGAUUUGUACGAUGGCCAGAAAAGGUCCCGCUCGAUACGAUGACCGUAUUAAUCAACGCGAUGAGCAGAGAAGCAGGCAAUGGUAACCCAGCAUGCACAUCGGAAUGGCCGUCAUUGAAGGAUUUCAUCGUCCCAAACACCCUUUACUUCAACCCCGAAUGGGACUUCCUCGCUCUCUCGGCCUGGCCAUGUUCGUACUCAGGGCCUCUCGUCGGCCAGUUCCUGCAUGACCUGAAAACCCAAUACGAUCCACGGGGCAUCGGACUGCUCAACCUGGUGCUGAAGCGAACUAGCUGGGGCAUACGGGAGCUCGAUCCCGUACAUCUUCCCCCUCACGUCACCAAGAGCGUCAAACAAACACUCCGCCAGCUGCACGAAGUGUUCAUCGCAGAAACACCAAGGAUUGGACGCAUCAACUUGGAAGUCUUUGGGGGCUGUAUUUCUUUCGAGAUGUGGUUUAACCGUUCGUUUCCCAUCGCCACUCAAGUCCCAGCAUUUGAGCGUCUCACCAGAGACCCACGGCCCAUAUCGCAGGACCUAAAGUAUCAGUACAUAGGCGCUCAUACAUUCAACGAUCCUAACCAUUCCUAUCACCGAUACACAACUCUACUUUCACAAUUCUCCAUUUUACCUUCGGAAACCACAACGCAAAUGCAACUUAUGUUAGCAAACGAUAUGCUUCACGAAGACAUUUACGACCGAGACGAUGCGCAAGCUGCAUUGAAGAAAGACUAUGAACGCUGGUGGGCCGAUCCUUCGAAAUGGCCCAAACGAGCUGAAAAGGCGAAAUUCGAGGCGCAGGACUAUGUCAUGGAUUUGCUACCCGCUUUUGGGUUUUGGUUGUUCCCGUUGGAGGCAAUGAAGAUGACGGCGAACGAGAGUGAUAAACUCGAUAAAUUUGUGGUGGAUUUGAGUAUGUUCACACCGGAGCUUGGGGUAUCCGUUAUGCACGGCUCUUAGGUCGGGAAGACGCAGGCGCAGGAGUUCGUUUGCUCCUCGGUCCGCGGCGGUGUGUAGACGUUUGAAGUCACCGUCGCGGACAUCCUCUACCAAACUCCACGAGCGCUAAGUAUCGCCAACAUACCAUCAGAUAUCCAACUCCUG